AGGAUUUCAUUUUAGUUUCUCUCAUUUUAAUUUAAAAAUUUCAGAACCUUUUUCCCCUCUUAUAUUCUCUUUGCCUUCCAUACAAAUGGAAAGUGAGUGAGUAGGGGCUAUAAAGGGGGUCAAACACUCGUUUUAUUUGGUGGUUUUUGGAGCAACUGGCUUUAUAAGAGUAGGACUUGUCAAAUGCAACACAGUUACAAAGACUUAAAAAGAAAUUAUGUUUAACUGUUCGUUUUAUAUUAUUUAUUACAACACCAUGAGUUCCCUUUGCAGAUUAAGAAGGCAUAACUCAGUAUGAAUCUAAAAAAAAUAAAGUUGGCACCAGGAUAGUGUAGGAUUGUUAGGAAUCUGCUUUACAUGUUUGUGUUUGCAGAUAAAUUGAUUUUAUAUUUUUCUAAAUUUCAUUUUGCAGUUUUUUAUUGAACCAUCCAUUUUGUAUUAAUUGUUUUUCAAUUUCUGACUUUGCUCGACAGUCUAAAAGGAACAAGUAUUGAACCAUCUUUCUGCUGCUCAUCCUGUCUAAUUUCUGUUUGCCAUAGCACUAACAUAUGUGUGAAAAUCUAUUUAUGUCUGUAUCUGAUUGAGGAUGCUAAUUUUGAUUUAUUGAUUUUGGAACUUUAACUUGAGGAUACAUUUUUGACGCCUUUUUGCUUAAAUCUGAUAAAUUUUUCUUUAUGUUGUAGGCAAAGUAUGCCUUUGAAGGAAUCAAGUAAGUCUUGUAUGUGGUAUUGAUUUUCAAUGUCCGCUUUAUGGUUUGAGCUUCUAUUGAGAAACUGAGAUACAAGCUGAUCACAUAGGAAUAUCCUGUACUCUCUCAGAUUUCAUGCCUGCCAUGAAAAAGAAUCCUGAGCAGACUCAUUUUGGAUCUGUAUUCAACAAGUUAGGGAAGGAGCUUGGAGAACCUGUAGACUUUGAACUUCCAGAUUGGUUUAAUAAAUCAAAGCCAAUGCAGUACACCUAUAUAAAACGCAAUAUAUAUCUCACUAAGAAGGUCAAGAGAUCCCGAUUUGAUGAUGAUGGCAUAUUCUGUUCAUGUACUCCUUCCCCUGGAUCUACUAGUGUAUGUGGUAGAGAUUGCCACUGUGGAAUGCUUCUGUCUAGCUGUUCAUCAGGCUGUAAAUGUGGGAGCUCCUGUCUCAACAAACCAUUUCAGAAUCGUCCUGUGAAAAAGAUGAAAUUAGUCAAGACUGAGAAAUGUGGUUCUGGAAUUGUGGCGGAUGAAGAUAUCAAGCUUGGGGAGUUUGUCAUUGAAUAUGUUGGAGAAGUCAUUGAUGACAAAACAUGUGAGGAAAGGCUUUGGAACAUGAAACAUCGUGGGGAAACAAACUUCUACUUAUGUGAAAUCAACCGAGAUAUGGUGAUAGAUGCCACAUAUAAGGGAAACAAAUCAAGAUACAUCAAUCAUAGCUGCUGCCCCAAUACUGAGAUGCAGAAAUGGAUAAUUGAUGGUGAAACAAGAAUUGGCAUAUUUGCAACUAGUGACAUACAAAAGGGCGAGCAUCUGACUUAUGAUUACCAGUUUGUUCAAUUUGGUGCAGAUCAAGAUUGCCACUGUGGUGCUGCUGAGUGUAGGCGUAAGUUGGGUGUCCGACCUACCAAGCCUAAACUUUCUUCUGAUGCUACAUUAAAAUUAGUGGCAUAUCAGGUUUAUCAGAAUGGAGGUUUGCAAAUUGGAAGUUCUCGUGUUGUUGACCAACCAAAGUGCUUACACAAUUGCAUUGGUGAAGUUAUUAGGAUAAAACAACUUGGAAAUGAGAGGUUUGGAAUUAUUAAACGAUUUGAUAAAUAUUCCCGAAAACACUCGAUCAUGUUUGAGGAUGGUUGUGUUGAAAUUUAUGACAUGUCAAAAGAGGACUGGGAACUUGUGAGAUAGUGAUGCAACUGUUGGGUGCAGGUGAAAGGAAUUGAAAAACUGAAAAUUGGACUCAUUAUUCUUUCAUUGCAUGUGCAUAAUUCUUGUAGUUGCUGAAGAUCUGAUCAACAGAAUAUGAAGCGGAAUAGAUCAACAUAACUCUUACUGAUUGAAGAUAAUAAGUUCCUUUUUCUACUAACAGACUGUAUUAUCGUUUAAACAAGGUUCUGGAAAUAAUCCUUGUAUUUAUUAAAAUCCUGAGAGUACUGUAAAAUGAGAAUUCAUCUUGUACCAUUAUUACCUAGGAUAUGUGUAGUUGUUGUUUCAAGUGUAUUCUUUUACUUUCUUCCUAUUUUUCUAGUACAGGUUAGUGAUAAAUGACGGAGUUCCGAUGAGGAAAAACAAGGAAGAAACUUGUUUUAAUAUGCAUGCAUUACACUUUGAUCAAUGCUGAAGGCUUGUGUAUCUUAUAAGAGUAAUUUUAAUUAUAUUUAUGGAAAAUCGAGUGGUUUUGUUGCGUUAA